CUUCAUCACCUUGGCACGAGGCUAACAAUAGACGGCGCCACUGUGGCGGAGCGUCGGGCCCUUGCAGGGAACGCCGCUUCCCAGGGACCACACAAACACUUCUUCCCGCUUUUAUUUAGUGCCGCUUUGGGGCGACGUUAUGGUUUUCUCCUGAGGAAGUCUGUGUGCCCUUCUUCAUCCUGGCUGCUAUGGAUUCUCUCACGAACGAGGUCUCGGCUUCCUGCUCGGAAAGAAGAAGAGCGUGAAGGAAUACACAAUGACAAGGUGCUGCAUUAUUGUGAAGCCAGAGGACACUGGCAAGUCCAAGAUGUUCAGAUGGAAUAGGGAUGUGUGGCGCCCCAACCUCCGCGACUACUGGACGACGACAUGAACACUCGUCCAUGGCGUUAACCACAGGAGCCACCCGUCCGUGGAGUUGUGUCUUAACCGUUGUAGCGAGUGGAAAGGAGUAUUCAGUGAGGUUUACAAUGGCGAUCCUGGGCAACGGCAUGAACUCCUCCUCCCCGUAUUGCUGGAGGGUACGACAGGCAACGCACAACGCUGCCUGGAGGAGCCGAGCGUCAAGGGACGCUGCCGAGCCCGUAUGUCGACGAGACUCCGGCGCUGACUCGGCUUGUGGGAAUGGCUUUCUGCCGGAGUACAUGCAUCCAGCCACGACGAUUGGAGAAGACGGCUCCGAGGACGGAAACAGGGGAUGGUCGGCAAAUGAAGACGACGCGGGUCAGAUCCAGGAGCCAAAAAAGCAGAGUUUCCUCCAGAGUUUACGACGUAACCUCCACGCCAAGUGCCUGGCGCUCACGGCACUGAUGGGUGGAUGCCUCGCUGCCGUUGCCUGGUGUCGUCUGUCCCAGGUGAAGCGUUACGUCAUCAAUUAUCAUAGCAUCCCGAUGCGCAGUGAGACCCGUGUGAGCCCCUGCGACGAUGGGUACAUGUACGUGCCCAUCGCCCUUCUCUUCAUGCUCUACUUGGUGUACUUAGUAGAGUGUUGGCACUGCAGCACGCGACUGCAGCUUGUCUACAAAGUGGAUUCGAGUGCAGUUUACGAUCACAUCGAGCAAAUGAGAGAAGCUCAGCCUAUCAUUUGGUGGAAAGCAGUAUGCUACCACUACGUCCGACGGUCACGGCAGGUAACGAGGUACAGGAACGGCGACACCUACACAUCAACCCAGGUAUACUACGAGCGCAUCAACACGCACGCUGCUGGGUCUUGUUUCGUGUAUAACCAGUGUGGCGUCCGUGACAUUUCCAAGAAGCUCGUUGGCCUGGAAACCCAUCCCACUACUAAAAUUCGAUUCAGCAAGGGCUUUGCCUUCGCAAACCUCGAAGCCGCCCAGGAAUUUGAAGAGCAACGAGCACGCUUCUUCCGCGAGAACGAACGUCUCGAUGACUACAUGGAGAUGCGUGAAGGCCUCGACCUGGUCGGCGCCAACUUCCAGGAAUACAUGGUGGCGUUUGCCGACCGCCUACCUUGGUACGUGUCCCACCCAGUCUUCUGGCUCUUCUCCGCUCUACUUCUUUCGUGGCCCUUGAGAAUACUCGUUGAAUUUAAGACGGCUUACGUGCACUACCAAGUGACAAAACUGUUCGGCACCAACAUGAGCGCAGCGAGCGACGCCGUGUCCCCAACCACUGUCGGGAGGCUCUCCAGAGGAAGCACAGUGGACAGUGCGGAACUCGAACAGUCCAUAACGGACAAUUUUACUCUGGCGCCAAGCUACUCGGAAGCUGUCCUUAUGGACGCUAGCAGAAGGACUGACCCCAACGGAAACAUUCCAAUCUGCAUCGCUGUGGACGGCCGCCACAGGCGGUCAUGGACUGGACCGUCAGCGUCGUCUGCUCCACAUGUGCUUUAUUACGUCCCGCCUCUGUCGCCAGAUGACGCGCCGGUCGUUAGUCGCCAUUCCAUGUGGAGGUCUGUGGACGAGUGCAAUGGACCGCCAAGUUAUGACGAAGUUGUUCUUCCACCGUCGAGUAACGCCAACGUUAGUGCGGUACCAAUGCCGCUAAGAUUGUUUCUGCGCCGGUCGAUGACGGACCGAGAUUUGUCCAGAUUUCUGCCAGGAAAUCGUGCACGAGAGACGCCGUUAUGACCACUAACGGAUAAAGAUAUGGGUUCCUGUAUGGGUUCCAGAUAUGGGUUUGCCAGAUAUGGGUUCCAUAUAAAGAUAUUGGUUCCAGUAUGGGUUCCUAUUCCAGAUAUGGGUUCCAGAUAUGGGUUCGCCAGAUGUGGGUUCCAUAUAAAGAUAUGGGUUCCAGUAUGGGUCCCUGUUCCUGAGGUGAAUCUUGAGGUGAAAGAUAAAAUAGCUUAGACGCAGGCAAUUUGGUGGAUAAACUCCGCGAUGGGGAAAGCCCGCGCUAGCGUUGUCCAUCCUCUCAAGCUCAGGCUUUCCCCAUCCUGACGUGGAACCAUGCUUUUGCUCUGUAGCGCAACAAAUAUAUGGCUAUAGCUUUAGCAUUCGCGGCUUGAUUUCCCAACAUGCAGGGUUCUCAAAGCCACCAACAUAUGGUACCACAAUGCAUACCACGACGUUUCAUUCGCAUUGCUGCAUCGAAACAGUAUAAAAGAAACCCGCAUCCUAAGGCAUGUAUAUUCACACUGCAAUCCUCUUUGAUCGUAUCUACGCGCCUUGAAACACCGAGCCAGUCACAGCAAUAUUAUACGUACUCAUUGAAUCGUGCAGUCGCCAGAGGUUUUGGCGAGUCCAUGCUACAUCCCCUGCGCACUUUCUUGUGUAUAGGCAGUGCCUGUCUGCGUCGACUUCAGCUUUUCCUCGCGAAUGGAGCAUGCCCCAAUUAACAUGUGCCUACAUAACGCUUCGAUAAUGAAUGUCCUGGUACGGCUUAUCGCGUAACGCAAAUCAUCCAUGAGCCAUUUUAGUUACCCGUGCUUCGUUAUGACUGCGCUGCAUUCAUAAGACUUAGAAAUAGAGCGAUGUGCCCGACGAGUCUAAUGUAUCGGCGCUGAAUUGGAGGCAUCUUACAUGACAUCCUGGAGACUCUGAAGAAAUGGUAGGGGGUCUGCGACGAUUCAAAAUUUCGAACUUGAAUCGAGUAUUACUCUUAGGCGUGUUUGAUCCUAUUUGAACGAGUCGGCAUUUGCUGUUAUGGGAAAAUUUAUUAUGAACGUAAUACACAAGCACAAGCAUUUGCUGGCUUUAAGUAUGUGAGUUGCUUUAUUUCUGCACAAAGCCAGUCCUUUCUUUCCUCUUCUUGUCUUAUUGAUUUCGUAACAGUCCGCAUGAUUCUGCAGUACAUAUAGUAAUAGUUCACGCUUAGAAAUUGCAUAUUUAUUUUGUGACGCGGAAACAAUCAGGUAUGUGUGCAGUAAGUUGACCGACUAUUAUCACGCCGUUGCAUUUUGUCGUUUUGGCGGAAGUUAUUUAUUUAUUUUACAACUUCCAAGAAUUUUAUACUUUGUUCUCUUUGAAAGUCGAUUUGGGAAUGUGUUCUAGGAUUUCACUAUUCUCAUACUCCUAUUUGUUUGCGGAAGGGGACAUCCUGCGAGCCUCUUAAUAGGUUUAUCAGGGUGUCGUGGGGCCAAUUUUAGCAGGACUCAAAGCGUCUUAGCACAUUGCACGCUGUAGCACCGAAAGAUGUUCGCUUGGAGUCUUGUUUUUCUAGAACACCAUAAAUUUCGAUUUUGGCAAACGCGACGUAUAUUCAAACCAUGAUCGAAAACCCUUCAUCUCAGUUGAAACCGCACGUAUUACAAAGUACAGCGUAGAAGCAAAGGCAGAUCGCUCUGCAGUAUUGCUUGCAGUACUGCCCCUGUACAAUUUUUUCGUAUAAACAAUAACGUUAAAAUGUGACAAGCACUACAUGGCGACAUGCUUAUUAAGUUCUAAGCACAGAGGGAGUUCCACGUAGAGGCGAUCUCCAACUUCAUAUGAGAAACUCUGUGCUAAAAGUAAAGAAUUAGACGAAAAAAUUGUAAGAAAUACGGGAAAUUGUAAACACGCAAAUUCAAAAGCAGGAGAAUUCAUUUCUGUCGCAAGGCGUCCUUGAUGCUUAAGGUGCUAUUCACUUUUCCUUUUUCUUUUUUUACAACACAAGAGUCUUGUGGUGAAAGCGUCAAAACGAACGAAAAAGUCACUGGCAUUCCGAGGAAUGAACCGAGUGCAUUAAAAGGGGUACUGAAGUGGAAAAAUGUGUUCUUGCAGAAUGAAAACGGUGUUACCUUGACAUCCAUACAAAUGGAAAGGGACUUAUCCGUUGACACAUUUCAUUUAUGAGAGUUUGAGAGUCAUUUUGCACCGUAGUGCCCCUUUAACAAACCUUUAUUUUGCAUAGAAUGGGAAGAAGCCUGAAAAAAAAAAAAAAGAAAACAGCUUCGUUACUUUCACUGAACCUUUCACAUCUUUCCAAACUUCCAAACAUCAAAGUAUUUGAUGCCCCGGUUCAAGAAUAUAUAUACUCUCCAAUGGAGAUACAUAAAUACACAGCCUGUGGUUCACGUCUCCUAUGUGUAUCUGUGAGAAGCCCGGUUUCAUAGGUCCGGGUGAAAAUAAUACAGUGUUGAAAUAAUUCCCCAAUGUGAGUGCCUCCGAUGUGAUCGAUAUAGGAUUGAAACACGCGCCAAAUUAUCGACUUGCCCGUUUAUCUGAACCAGGUUAAACGCUCCGUCGUUGUUUUUUACUUUUCUUUUUUUUUGACAGCAUCGACAUUAACUUCCAUUGGUUGCAGCAUAUUACAAGAGAAAUUUUGCAUUCAAUGUUCCAGGAAAGUAGCGAAGGAUCUCUCAAAAAUCAAGAAAAAAAUGGUUGACUAAUAUGCCUUUCUGCUAAUUCGGUUUAGUAGAGGGCUAUACAGGAAGGGUGCUAAAUCGAAUUCGGUUUAAUAGAAGGAUAAGGCAGCAUGCAAACCUUUGUUUAAGCAAUGGUUUGUAUGCUGUGUUCGUUCCAAAAUCUUGGUACAUUCAAAGACAAAACGUGUAAACUGUAGAGCAAUUACACCUUAUAUAGUCUCCUGGAUUGUAAUUACUCCGCAUGUUAUUUCCCUAACCGUGAAAUUUACUUCCUAGCGCUGCAAAUAGUCCCUAAACGUCGCUCGCGCACUUCUGUGUAUUUAGUCGUGCUUGAAGUCACCCAUUGGAGAAAACUGAAACAGGUCACACAACCAAGGGCACUAUUACAACCACAUUGUUGGUGCAAUGUGACAUACAGGAGUGCUGGCAUGUAUGAGCAGCAUAUAUGGUGCAGUGUUGCACGCAAGUAGUUCAGUGCGUUCACAGAUGACUCUCCUAGUUGAGGACAACCCAAUCGGUAAGAGACAUAUUUGGCAAGUUGGUUGAUUGAUUGACUGGCAAAAGAAAAAAAGUUAUUUUGCCUAUGUCCCACUGUUUGAACAGUAGACCGAGGAUAUUCCGGGCCGUUUUUUGAGGCACGGAUUUCAAAGAAAAUUUGUGAGUCUGUGAGUGUGAAAAAUGGUUAUUUCAUAAAGUCAUUUUGACACUGUGUUAUUUUGGGAUCACAGCCGGGAGAACUACCACCGUCCACCUUAUAUCCUACACUACAAAAACAGUGUGCCAAAAGAUGUCCUCACCAAGUCCAAUCUCUUUUUUUUUUCUUUUCUUUUUUUUCCACACGUUGUCCGCGAUAGUAGAUAUAAACACCGACACUUUCACUUCGUCAGAAAAUGGUCAGUUGGCUUAAAUGCGGUUCUGCGAGAACUUGCACGUUAACUGGUAGGGGUUCAUCUAAGACCCGACAUUUCACCCUUUCCUUUUUUUUUUUAUCAGCAUUAAACAUAUCCCCCCUCUCCCCAACAUUUCCCCGUUCGGUUCGCUGGAGCACUCUUGUUUUCUUAGAAAGCACGAAGAAGCUUGCUGUAUACUUGACCAAUAAAUGAUGCAUUUUUCA